AGGAAGUGGAAAAGUAUUCAUCGGUCAGUUGAUGAACUUGAAAUGAACAGAGUAAACAGUACAGAAGUUGGCCCUGGAUCAAUUGAUCAACAACGACCGAGGCUUGCUGCAGAACAGCCGGAUGCAGCUCAGGCAUUAGCUGCUGAAGCUGCGCAACGACAAGCAUUACCACAACCAAAUCAGUUCGGUGCGGUACGAGAUAGAUUAUUUCAUGCGAUGCUUGUACGUGUAGCAAUUAGUUAUAAUCGACACGUUCCUAUGUUGGGCAAACGUUUCAUUGAAUUUUCUUCUUUAAUAACGGCGAUAAUAUUGCUCUCUAUAAUGGUUUAUGUACAUCAUUUUUUUGAUGAAACAGAUAGCAACUGUUUAGCACCAUUCAUGGAUCAAUGGCCCAGAAAUGGUGUUUUGCGCGUAGAAGUUGUCAGAAAUUUGAAAAGAUUUAAUGCUUAUCAAGAUAGACUACUAGAAAAAUCUUAUGGAAAACAAAGCGAAAGUAAUACAACAGUAUAUGACUUAAAACGUGUAUUAAUGAAAGGUCCUAGCGCUUUGCCAAAGGAAUUGCAAAGUAGACCCAAGCAUUAUUUUCGGAAGAGGAGCGACCAUUGGAGCAGCUUCUUAACUGCAGAAGACUCAUUAUUGAGUUUUUUCAUAAGGUCGGAUAGUAAUUUGAAAAAGAAACUUUUUUUGGAGGAUUUAGACGAUGAUGAGCUUGACUUUGAGUCACAGGAUUUAAUUGAUGAUUCAGACGCAAGUUUCGAGUAUGUUGUAGAAUAUUCUUUAUAUUAUGGUUUGCUAAAAUUGCCCCAUUCGUAUCGUCUUGAACACAACAUCCCAUUUCUCCUUGUUAGGUUAGAUCCUGAAGUUGAUAGUUGUUUUGGUGAUUGGGUCAGUCGUACAUUGAUGAAGAAUUUUAUUGGUUAUGAGGAUGUGUUAAUGUCUUCAGUGAAAGCUUUGGCUGAAAAUGAGACUGACAAAGGAUAUUUGCGGGAUAUGAUCACCGGAGAGCAUUAUCGAUUUGUCACUAUGGGCAAUCCAAGAGCAAGUUAUUUCACUGCUUUGAUUGUCAUGCUUAUUUUUACGUUUGCGAUAUCGAUGUUGCUGCGUUUUUCGCAUCAUCAAAUAUUCUUGUUUAUUGUUGAUUUAUUACAAAUGUUUGAGCUCAAUCAAGCAUUGGUUUUUCCGGCUGCACCACUUCUCACCGUUAUUUUAGCUCUCGUUGGUAUGGAAGCCAUAAUGUCGGAAGUAUUCAAUGAUACCUCUACCGCAUUUUAUGUAAUAUUAUUGGUUUGGAUAGCGGAUCAAUAUGAUGCAAUUUGUUGCCAUUCACCUAUUAGCAAAAGGCAUUGGCUAAGAUUCUUCUAUUUGUAUCACUAUGCAUUUUAUGCUUAUCAAUAUCGGUAUAACGGCCAAUAUGGUGGUCUAGCUUUACUUACUUCCACAUUCUUUAUUUUGCAUUCAAUGAUCUUCUUCUUUCAUCACUAUGAGAUGCCUCUAAUUAUUUAUCACGAUAGGCUGCAGCGAAUCAUCACUGACUUGCAACAUAAUCCUCAACCAGGUGAAGCGACGAGUACUCCUCCAGGUACACAAACUGCAACCAAUGGUACAUCAGCAGUACCAUCGACGAGGAAUGAAGCUGUUGAGGUUCUAACAGAGAGAAGUUUACAUGGCGGAGAAGCCUCAUCAUCCAGAGUUGGAACUACCGCAAGCGGUACAUGGUUGUCCCAAGCGGAAGAGGUACCAUCUGUACGGAGCAAACAAAACGCUACAGCUGAAUUGGAUGAAGGUAGUAGCUCAGUGGCUGAAAUCGAUAAUCUGGCUUUGAAUGAUCCUUUAGUAAUGGCUGGUGAACGUACAGCACAUGAAAUUGUAGGCAAUGCUAUUGAUUGCGUAUUUAACUCAACGGUGACAUCAGGAGGAGCGGAUACUCCUCCUUUAUGAGAAUUACUGUUUUGAUUUCAUAAAUUGUUGCUGUUAAAUACCUAAAUGACUGAUAUGAUGCUUAUUGACGGGAGUUUUUUGUCACUUUAUGAAACUGUAAUCUGUAACUAUCCAAGAUCAUACUCAUAUUCUUUUCAUCUAACUGUGACACGUUGGUUAGGCUGUUGAUGGUUCAGAACACUUGGCUGUAACUGAUUCACAGGCAACUUCGUUUUGUUGGUCUGCUUAGCACUUUCAGGAAUAGGUACUGUUUCUCUUUUGGUUUCAUUUAACUUUUGUGCUUCGACAUAUAUAUUUGGGAUCAACUUAUCUAUAUUUCGAC